UCAUUCAGUUCCAAGCUGCUCUGUCGAACGCGUUAACUGAAAGGCAUGGCGCUCCUCGCGAGAAUCGCAAAGUAUGAGGUUUACGUUUGACCAUUUCAUGAUGAGAAGAUAAUUACAUUUUGAAUGUUUAUUUAGACACGGUUGACCAGAUCCUAUAGCAAUGCUGCUCCGGCGGUUAAAAUGUACAUUGAUGGACAAUUCGUAGAAUCAAAGGCCACAGAGUUCACGGAUGUCCGCGAUCCAGCAACAAAUCAAUUGCUGAGCCGCGUUCCAAAAUGCACGAGAGACGAGAUGGAGAGUGCGGUACAGAAUGCACGAAAGGCAUACGAGAAGUGGCGGAACACCAGUGUGCUAACGAGACAAAAUUUGAUGCUGAAGUACCAGGCUCUCAUUCGCGAGCACUCGAAAGAACUAGUGACGAAUAUCGUAAAAGAAAAUGGAAAGACUACAGCUGACGCGGAGGGAGAUGUGCUUCGAGGUCUUCAGGUUAUCGAUGCGUGUGUGUCGAUUCCGAUGCUCCAAAUGGGCGAAUCCACGCCCAACGUCGCCACGGACAUGGACAUCAUUUCGUACAAAGUACCCCUCGGUAUUACCGCAUCCAUUUGUCCCUUCAACUUUCCCGCCAUGAUACCGCUUUGGUCGUUCCCGAUAUCGGUCGCAUGCGGGAACGCCGCUAUCCUGAAGCCAUCGGAGCGGGUACCAGGUGCGUCCAUGAUCCUCGCUGAUCUCUUCACGAAAGCCGGUGCACCAGCUGGCCUUUUAAAUGUAAUACACGGCCAACAUGCAACCGUGGACUUCAUCUGCGAGCAUCCCGAUAUCAAGGCUGUCUCGUUCGUCGGUUCUGAUCAAGCGGGCAAGUAUAUUUACAAACAGAGCAGUGCGCAUGGCAAAAGGGUACAGUGCAACAUGGGCGCUAAAAAUCAUUGCGUCGUUAUGCCAGACGCGAAUAAGAACAAAACGUUGUCGCAAAUCGUCGGGGCGGCUUUCGGUGCCGCCGGGCAGCGAUGCAUGGCGCUCUCAGUUGCCAUCUUCGUGGGUAAAGCCAAGGAAUGGAUACCCGACCUAACAGAAGCGGCGAAAAGGUUAAAGGUAAACGCUGGCCAUGUACCCGGCACAGAUCUAGGACCUGUUAUAUCGCCGCAGUCGAAGCAGAGGAUCCACGAACUGAUCGAAUCCGGUGUUAAAGAGGGCGCGAAAUUGCCUCUCGACGGAAGAGGUAUUGUUGUAUCUGGUUAUGAAAACGGAAACUUCGUUGGACCCACAGUGUUAACUGAUGUUAAGCCUACAAUGAAGUGUUACACGGAAGAGAUAUUCGGGCCCGUUUUAUCGUGCAUAUUCGCUGACACUCUUGACGAGGCUAUCGACAUCAUCAAUAAAAGUCCUUAUGGCAAUGGCACGUCAGUUUUCACGACAAAUGGGGCGACAGCCAGGGCAUUCGCGAACAGAAUCGAAGCCGGCCAAGUUGGCGUUAAUGUUCCUAUACCCGUCCCCCUGCCGAUGUUCAGUUUCACCGGCAACAAGGGUUCCUUCCUCGGUGAUAAUCACUUUUAUGGAAAACACGGUGUAAAUUUCCACACGCAAACGAAGACAAUAACACAGCUAUGGAGAUCUAGUGAUGCCACCGAUAUCGCGUCGUCGACGGCGAUGCCUACUAUGCAAUGAGACUGCAAUUACGUGUGAUUUUACGAUAUAUCAGAAUAUUAUUCAACUUUACUGUGUGUGUGUGUGUGUGUGUUCUUAAAUUUAAGUAAAAAUGUAUAAAACUUAAUUCUGCAGUUCAUCUUACGCAGUUGUAAACAAUGUCUUCCAUUGUUACGUACAAAUUUGUUACUAUGAAAUAUUGAACAUAUUUUCAUGAUUUAGGUAGACUGCAUAUAUUUUUAUAGACUACAAUAAAGUAAAUGUAUUCCAAA